AUGUCUAUAGAAAUCGAAUCUGCCGAUGUGAUUCGAUUAAUUCAACAAUACCUUAAGGAAUCAAAUUUGACAAAGACAUUGCAAGCAUUACAAGAAGAGACGGGUGUUUCUCUAAACACAGUGGAAAGUGUUGACGGAUUCUGUGCAGACAUCAACAAUGGACAAUGGGACACAGUCCUUAAAGCCACAUCAUCACUUAAACUGCCAGACAAGAAAUUGAUGGAUUUAUAUGAACAAGUGGCUCUUGAGUUGAUUGAGCUACGCGAGUUGGGUGCAGCGCGUACUCUUUUGCGCCAGACUCAGCCUUGUCUUCUGAUGAAGCAGCAUGAACCGGACCGUUACAUGCAUCUUGAAAGCCUCUUGUCCCGCUCCUAUUUUGAUCCGCGUGAGGCGUACGGCGGGGCGAGCGCUGGCGGAGGUGGCAAGGAAUGGCGGCGCGCUGCUUUGGCAGCUGCGCUGGCCGGAGAGGUAUCAGUGGUUCCGUCGUCGAGGCUGCUCGCUCUGCUGGGGCAAGCGCUUAAGUGGCAGCAGCAUCAAGGAUUACUCCCACCAGGGACAACAAUUGAUUUGUUCAGGGGUAAAGCAGCCAUAAGAGAUGAAGAAGAUGAUCAAUGCCCGACACAUGUUUCCAAAACUAUUAAAUUUGGACAAAAAUCACAUGUUGAAUGUGCUAGGUUUUCACCGGAUGGGCAGUAUCUAGUGACAGGGUCGGUGGAUGGCCUAGUGGAAGUUUGGAAUUUCACUACGGGGAAACUGCGUAAAGACCUACGCUACCAGGCACAAGACGAGUACAUGAGCAUGGACGAAGCCGUUCUGAGCUUAACUUUCGCGCGCGAUUCCGAUACGCUCGCCGCCGGCUCCAACGGAGGCAAGGUGAAGAUAUGGCGCGUCUCGAGUGGGCAGACGCAACGGCGUCUCGACCGCGCCCACUCCAAAGGCGUCACCUGCCUCCAGUUUACGCGCGACGCCAGUCAACUACUGUCUGCGUCGUUCGACCGUACCAUCCGCAUCCACGGGCUCAAGUCGGGCAAAUUGCUCAAGGAGUUGCGCGGGCACACGUCAUUCGUCAACGAGGCGGUCUUUACGCCCGACGGGCACGGCGUACUCAGCGCGUCGUCUGACGGCACGGUCCGCGUGUGGACGGUGCGAACGGGCGAGUGUUCGGCCACGUUGAAGCCACUCGGCGCCGGCGAUCCUCCAGUUAAUUCGCUGCUUCUCAUGCCCAAGAACCCAGAGCACUUCGUGGUGUGCAACCGCACGAACACCGUCGUUAUUAUGAACAUGGCUGGGCAGAUUGUGCGCUCGCUGUCGAGUGGGCGUCGCGAGGCGGAGGGCGGCGCCCUCGUCUGUGCGGCGCUCGGGGCGCGCGGUCGUCUCGUCUACUGCGCUGCUGAGGACCGAGUGUUGUACGCCUUUUGCGCGUUGAGCGGAAAGCUCGAGCGGACGGUUCCCGUUCACGACCAGCCCGUCAUCGGCCUCGCGCAUCAUCCGCAUCAGAACCUCCUCGCGACCUACGGCGAGGAUGGUCUUCUCAAGCUCUGGAAACCCUAG